AUGACGUCCGUUUUGAAGGUGGUGGUGCCCAUUUUCGCAAUUUUACACGUUGUCACGGCUUACAACUACUUAUUCGUAUCUUCAAACUUUUGUUAUACUCAUGCUGUAUAUAAUGCCAAGAUUGCGGAGACUUUGCAAAAGGCUGGACAUCAAGUUGUAAGUUUUUAGUAUUUUGAUUUGUUGGAGUGGAAUUGAAGUUUGGGGACUUCUGGCUGUUUUUUGAAGUUUUUUUGCCAGAACUUGAAAAGUUUAGGUUGAAAAUUGAAAUUAUAUUGUUCUUAAGCUAUAUUAUUCUUUUUUUUAUUAAAAAAGAACCCAGAACUUCAAUUCAGAUUGUUAGACUGAUUUACGAUGUUAUGUAGGUUAUUUUAUGUCUUGUGAUGUGUUUUGUAAAGUAACAUCAUUAAAAGUCACAAAUUAAGCUUGAAUUACCUUUAGAAAUGUUAUUUUUGCUAUUACAAAUUAUAAUACUGUAAAAUAAUUUGUUGCAUCAGAAUGCCAAAUUGGCGGGAAUUUAAAAACUGUAACACUAAAGUGUUAUACAAGAAAAUUUUUUUUUGAAUUUUAGGUAACAAUUUAAAAAUUUUUCAUUUUCAGCACUUUGUCAUGUUCAAAUCAAACAAAUUUGUACCAUUUAACGAUAACAAACUCACUAACGUCACAACCAUUCUAGCCGACGAUAUCGAAGUAAUGUCAAAGAUUUUGUCCGGAUUCUCGAUCUACAACGAUGUAUUUACUAGUGACGUUGCUCUGAUGAAAGGAGAAGAGCUGGAUAUUAUGCUGGGAAUGUUUCAGCAUUACUGUCGUAGUUUACUGCACAACGCUGAGCUUCAGGAGAUUCUGAACAGGACCAAGUACGACGCUUUGUUUGUGGAAUCUAUCGAUAUUUGCGGAGCUGCUUUGGGACAUCUACAUGGCAUUAAACCGGUCUUCUUCAUGUCGCCGGUACCUGUUUCUGAGUAUAACUCGUACAGCAUGGGGAUUCCUUUCAAUCCUAAUGUUUUUCCUGGUAAGUGUUAUCUUUUAUGGCGUUUUAAAAGAUUUCAAAGGCUUUGAAAAGAGAAAGUUUGGAGAUUUUUGACAAAAAUUUUGAAAAAAACUAUAAAAUUGUUUAUGUUAUUGCACUUUUUAUAUUGAAAAAAUAUUUUUUUUAGAACUGUUAGAGUAAGUAGAAGCUUUUUGAGAGCAGGUACUAAAAGUUGAUUACAUGGAUCGGGCAAAAAAAUAAAAUAUUUGGAGUAUACUGUGUUUUUCUGAAAUUUCGCUUACUUUUGAACUUUAAUCUAAAUUUUUGGUAUCAGAAUAGCUUAAAUUUAAAAGAAUUAUUGAUUAGUAAGAUACCCAAGGGUCUUACGAGUGUUUUGAUGUAUAAAACUUUCAAUAUUUUUUGAAAACUUAAUGUGAAUUUUUGAAAAAACAUCAAAAGGUCCGUUUGAUGUCAUGAAAAAUAUAAUUUUUGAUCUUUAAAAGGAAAAGCACUUAUUAAACUAAUAAUUUUGUUUCAGUAAUGAACAGAGCCUCUCCAAACGGCAUUCAUAUGACAAUGUACGAGCGUUUUGUCAAUUGGUACGAGUACUACGACUCAGUCGGUAAUCUUUUGAGACGUAUGUCCAAUGGAGAGGUCUUCCAACUAGUACAACACUUAAACCUACCAUAUCCACAGGAAUUGAGUCGUAACGCAGCGUUGUUCAUUCAAAAUACAAAUGAAUUUUUGGAUCUACCUCGACCGGUCAGUGGAAAACAAGUUUUUGUCGGCGGAAUUACUGUCAGGGCUCCUGGAACGCUGAAUGAGGUAGGUUAAUAAUAUUUUGAUGUUUUUGAAGUUUAGAUACAAAUAUUAAAAAAUACAAAUCUACUUAAAAAUGCUUUAGAAGUGGCUUAUACAGCACAGGGGUUUAAAAUUUUAAAAUUGAAUUUUUUGAAAAAUUUGAAUUUUACAUUUGGCGCCAUUUUGGCAUAACGUUUUAAGAUUCUGUUUUUAAUGAAAAAUGCCAUUUUUGAGUCGAAAUUGUUAAUUAGUUCUAUUUCAAAGCAUAGAGAAAGAACUUCGUUACCAUUUAGGGCAUGAAACAUAAUGCCAAUGUUGGCGCGCAAUUUAAAAUUGAUUUUUACGAAAAUUGCCAUUUCACUGCCAAGCUUUUAAAAUACUUUAAUGUCACAAGAAAGAGAAAGAUUUCUUUACUAAUAGGGGCUUGAAGCAUAAUGCCAAAUUUUGGCGCGAAAUUUGAAAACGAUUUUUUUUUAAUCCAGCGCCUAGUAAUCGUUUUUUUGUUACUGAUGGGUCUUGUACGUAGAUCCCGUUGAAUUUGCACUUACAAUAUACUGUUCUGUCUGUAAACACUGAUAAAAUUUGUUGUGAUAAGGCGCUCACUACAAUUUUACAGUAUAAAAACCCAAAGUACAUGAUAAUAAAGUGUAAAGUUUAAAGUGCACUUUUAUUUUUUGAAAUUUUGCAGUUUUACUAUAAAAGUUUUAAAAUAUUUUAGGGUUUAAAAUUGAAAUACUGAUAUAUUUUCCAAAUUUAAAAUAAAAUUUUAUAGGAAACGCAAAAAAUCUACGAUUCGGCCAAAAAAGGAGUCAUCUACUUUUCGUUCGGCUCAUUGGCUGAUAACUCAAAACUUCCAGCCAACGUACGUAAAGCUUUUAUCAGCGUUUUCUCUCGAUUCCCUGACUACGAAUUCAUUUGGAAAUUCGAUGACAUAUUAGAGGACAAACCCAAAAACUUGUACACUGUAAAAUGGGCCGAUCAGGUCACGAUUUUGAGUAAGUUUUGAUUGAAAUUUUAAAAAUGGAAGCGGCAAUAAUCGUAUUUUACAAAGUUAUAGCUUUAAAACGAACUUUUUUGUGAAAUUUUUGUUUGAAGAUAAUAAAAGAUAAAGUUCAAAUUUCAAAAAUUUUACUUUAAAUUUUUAGACCACCCAAAAAACCGCGGCCUUCAUAACUCAUUGCGGCCUGAACAGUCUGAACGAAGCCGCCUUCGCCGGUGUCCCCUUGAUUGCCAUUCCUUUGUUCGGUGACCAAACCUUUAACACAGCAGUUGUUAAUCACAUUGGAAAUGGCAUUCACGUCUCCAAACUUCAACUUACUGAAGAGACGAUUGUCAAAGCGUUGGACACUGUACUAAACAGUCCAAAGAUCCGGUCUAGAGCCAAGGAGUUGAGUGAAAUGUUGAACAAUCAACCAAAGCCGCCUCAACAGAAACUGGUCGAUAGUGUGGUGUUGGCGACCAGGUAUCCGGAAAUGUACAAUAAACUGACAUUGCCUGGGGCUGAAGUGUCGUUUGUACGGUACUUUGGACUAGACUUGUUGGCUGUGGUUUUGGCUGCGGCUACAGCAACUUUGGUUUUUGUGGCUGUGGGCAUGUACAAGAUGUAUGUGACUGUACGGUUGUUUACUGCGCCGAGCAAGGUUAAGGCUCAGUAG